AUGUCAUAUGGAGGAGGAUAUGGUGGCGGCGGCCGUGGUGGCGGUAACGGGUACGGAAAUGGAGAUUCCUCAUAUGGCAGAGGCAACUCUUACUCCAAUGGACAUUCGAAUGGUGGAUCUAAUGGAUACUCUGGAGGCGGUGGAGGUGGCUACGGAGGUGGCAGAGGCGGCGGAGGUGGUGGUGGAAAUGUCAACGGCUACUCUGGAGGAGGGGGUGGUGGAUACGGAGGAGGUGGUGGAUACGGCGGUGGUGGUGCUGGUGGAGACCGCAUGAACAACCUUGGUGCUAACCUCCAAAAGCAAAACUGGGAUCUCAACACCAUGCCAAAGUUCGAGAAAUCUUUCUACAAGGAGGAUCCAGUCGUUGCUGCUCGUUCAGAAGAAGAUGUUGCCAAAUUCAGAGCUCAGCACAACAUUGCCGUUCAAGGCCCAAACAUUCCAAAACCUGUUGAGACCUUCGAUGAGGCUGGAUUCCCUGCAUACGUCAUGACCGAAGUCAAGGCUCAAGGUUUCCCAGCGCCUACUCCAAUUCAAUCUCAAGGUUGGCCUAUGGCUCUUUCUGGACGUGAUGUUGUUGGUAUCGCCGAGACUGGUUCCGGAAAGACCCUCACCUACUGUCUUCCAGCUAUCGUACACAUCAACGCACAACCACUUCUCGCUCCUGGUGACGGCCCAAUUGUCUUGGUCCUUGCACCCACCCGUGAGUUGGCUGUUCAAAUUCAACAAGAAAUCACCAAAUUCGGAAAGUCUUCCCGUAUUCGCAAUACUUGUGUUUACGGAGGUGUUCCUAAGGGUGGUCAAAUCCGCGAUCUCGCGAAGGGUGUUGAGGUCUGCAUUGCCACUCCAGGUCGUCUCAUUGAUAUGAUCGAGUCUGGCAAGACUAACCUCCGUCGUGUUACAUACCUUGUUCUCGACGAGGCCGAUCGUAUGUUGGACAUGGGUUUCGAGCCACAAAUCCGUAAGAUUCUCGGACAGAUCAGACCAGAUAGACAAACUUGCAUGUGGUCUGCUACCUGGCCAAAGGAAGUUAGAGCCCUUGCCUCUGAUUACUUGAAUGAAUUCAUUCAAGUCAAUAUUGGUUCCUUGGAGCUCUCUGCUAACCACAGAAUUACUCAAAUCGUCGAAGUUGUUUCUGAAUUCGAGAAGCGCGACAAGAUGACCAAACAUUUGGAAAAGAUUAUGGAAGAUAAGGAUAACAAGAUUUUGAUCUUCACAGGAACCAAGCGUGUUGCUGACGAUAUCACCCGCUUCCUUAGACAAGAUGGAUGGCCUGCGCUCUCUAUUCACGGUGACAAGCAACAAAAUGAGCGUGAUUGGGUAUUGAAUGAAUUUAAGACUGGCAAGAGCCCGAUCAUGGUUGCUACUGAUGUAGCUUCGCGUGGUAUUGAUGUCCGAAACAUUACCCAUGUGUUCAACUAUGACUACCCUAACAAUUCGGAGGAUUAUAUCCAUCGUAUUGGUCGUACAGGUCGUGCUGGACAGAAGGGAACCGCAAUCACUCUCUUCACCACUGACAAUCAAAAGCAGGCUCGUGAUCUCGUGAACGUUCUCACUGAAGCUAAGCAGGUCAUUGAUCCUCGCCUUGCUGAGAUGACCAGAUAUGGAGGAGGUGGCGGAGGUAGAGGUUAUGGUGGACGUGGCUACGGCGGUGGCCGUGGACGUGGUGGCGGUGGCAAUUUUUCAUCUUCUAACGCUGCUCCUUUAGGUGGAGGCAGACGUUGGUAA